CGACGUCCCGUGGCGUCCCGCUGUGACCGGAAGCCGGAAACAGGAAGUGCGUCACUAAGUGGGAAAUUCAAACUUCUCCAGAUCUUGGCCCUGCAACUGAGUCUGUGGAUAAACUGAUCGGUGUGCUUUUUUUAAAACUGCUUUUUGGUUUUCCCUUUUUUUUUUUUUAAAUAAAGGGCAAAAAGGAGGUAAUACUAAAUAAGGCCGGACAUUGACGCGUGUUUGGGAAGAUGCCUGCGGACAGUAACGCGGAGCUCCUCAGAUACUAUGAGGUGUAUGAGACCAUCGGCUCGGGUGGUUUUGCGAAAGUGAAGCUCGGCAGGCAUAUUCUUACUGGAGAAAAGGUUGCAAUAAAAAUAAUGGAAAAAAAGGACCUUGGGGAGGACCUGCCACGAGUGAAGACAGAGAUCGAAGCCAUGAAGAACCUGAGCCACCAGCACGUGUGUCGUCUCUACCAGGUCAUCGAGACGUCCACCAAGAUCUUCAUGGCGCUGGAGUACUGUCCUGGAGGAGAGCUGUUCGACUACAUCAUCGCCAAAGACCGCCUUUCGGAGGACGAGACCCGCGUGUUCUUCAGACAGAUUGUCUCGGCGCUGGCCUAUGUCCACAGCCAGGGAUACGCCCACAGGGAUCUCAAACCGGAGAACCUGCUGAUUGAUGAGGACCACAACUUAAAGCUGAUCGACUUUGGGCUGUGCGCUAAACCUAAAGGAGGGCUCGGGUACGAGCUGAAGACGUGCUGCGGCAGCCCUGCCUACGCAGCUCCGGAGCUCAUCCAGGGCAAGGCGUACAUCGGUUCUGAGGCCGACGUGUGGAGUAUGGGAGUCCUGCUGUUCGCCCUGCUCUGCGGGUUCCUGCCGUUCGACGACGACAACUGCAUGGUCCUCUACCGGAAGAUCAUGAGGGGCAAAUACAACAGCCCAUCCUGGCUGUCCACUGGCAGCGUUGUCCUCCUCAGCCAGAUGAUGCAGGUGGAGCCAAAGCGUCGCAUAACGGUGCGUCAGUUGCUGGAUCACCCCUGGGUAAUGAAGGGCUACAGCAGCCCCGUGGAGUGGCACAGCAAACACCCUCUGGGCCACAUCGACGAGGACUGCAUCACCGAGAUGGCGGUGAGGCUCAAGCGCUCCAGGAAGAGCACCGUCCAGCUGGUGUCUGAGUGGAAAUAUGACCACACGACGGCAACUUACCUGCUGCUCCUAGCGAAAAAGCAGCGAGGGAGGCCCGUGAGGCUCCGCCCAGACGUGCCCGUGGUAGACAUCCCCGCCUCCCCUCCGCAGGAGCUGAAGUCCAAGACGACCCUGACGUUUGGUGAGGAGGCACCGUCGCCCAGCCCUCUGCUCCUGUUGUCCUUGGGGCCUCCCACCGACCGGCAGGAGAAGGACGCCCCUUGGGGUGUAUUCUCGCCCAAGCCCCUGAUGGAAAACCCAAGGCAGAUCGGGGUCUCCGAGCAGCCGAGGGCCAAAGUGCACCCCAGCCCCGGCCGGGAUCGGACCCACGCCGAAGAGCACGAGCAGAACAAGGAGAACCUGACCAUCCUGGGAAGCAGCCAGAAGGACGGGGACACGUUUGUGCUUCCCGCCCCCCGCACCCCAGCUUCCUGUAGGAAGAGCACGCGAUCCAACAAGGCCUCCCUCACCACGCCCACCAGCUACGGGCCCCCCGCCUACAGUCCGAAUGCGAACCGGGGCAGUGUCUCCAAAGAGCCUCUUCAAUGCCUGGACCAGAGGACCCAGGGGCUCCUGGAGGUGGUAGCCCUGAGCCCAGAGAGGAGGUCUCGGUCCCUAGACAUGGCUACCCCACAAACUGACAGUGCCCAGAAGCGAAAGGGAGCCAAGGUGUUCGGCAGCCUGGAGCGGGGGCUGGACAAGGUCAUCACCAUGCUGACCCCCAACAAGAAGAGGGCUCUGCGGGACGGCCCACGGAGGAUCAAGGCACAGUACAACGUCACCCUAACCAGCCAGUUGAACGCAGAACAGGUCCUCAACCAGAUCCUCAGCAUCCUGCCAGAGAAGAACGUGGACUUCGUGCAGAAGGGGUACACCCUGAAAUGCAGCACGCGCUCGGACUUCGGUAAGGUGACCAUGCAGUUCGAGCUGGAGGUGUGUCUGCUGACAAAGCCGGAGGUGGUGGGAAUCAGGCGGCAGCGGCUGAAAGGGGACGCCUGGGUGUACAAGCAUCUGGUGGAGGACCUGCUGUCGACCUGCAGAGUGUGACGGCACUCCCCCGGCGAGCAGGCCGCUACCGUGCUAAUGUAACACCCCGUCACGCAUACGCAUUAGCCGUGGUCAGAUGUUACGAAUUUUAAGCCUCAUGUCAGUGUUUUCGGUCGCGAUGUCUGUUCCGUCGUCUUGUGGUGCUGCCAUUUCCUGUAACCUUUUUGGUUUCUCAUUUCAUAUUUUUGUCUUUUUUAAAAUAUCCAUUAAUAUUGUAAUAUUAAGAAUAAAUUUCAGCUAUUGAAUGGAA